AUGUCAACUACUUUUAAAAUUACUGAUAUGUUAAUUGAAUUUGUUUGUAUUGGGUGGACAACGCUUGUGCAAGUUGUUGAGAAAUCACAGGUGUUGACCAACAAUGGAUCAGUGCCUGUGAGAUUUCAGUGUUUCGUCUUGACAGAUUCUGAGCCAUUUAGGCCAUACAUCAAUGGUAGGACUGUCAAAAAAGGGGAUCCAAAGUAUAAAAUUAGUGACUAUCAAUUCUCAUGGGUGAUCCAUAACAAGACAUUAGUUGAAGAGUAUGUGGAGCCAAAUCCACCAAUGCUACCAUGCACUUUUGAAUUCACCAAAUUUGAGGACCUCUUUAAGUUCAUAGACAUGGAAAAUUUUCAGACUAACCUCUUCUCUUUUCGUUUGUACAAAGAUUUACAGGAUGUUACUGUCAAUGCAUUUGUGACAAAAGAAGAGAAUAAUGUCUCUAUAACAAGAGACUUCUUUGUUGUGAAUCAAGAGAAAAAACCAAUGCUUCUUACUCUUUGGAAUGAGUUUGAACAAAAUCAAGGAACACAACUUGCAAACAGCAUUGGGAAUGCCAACAUUAUUAUUGGCAUGAAGCUGAAAAUCACAACUUCUAAUUACUUAUCCCUAACAACCAAGCCUGGGGGUGGCCUUCUAAUUAAUCCUACUACUCCUGAAACAAAUGCACCCAAGGAAUGGUAUAAUGUAAAUAAAGAAGAAAUUGCAGAAUUGAUUCAACAAAUGGCAUACCAAGAUUCAUCUAGGCAGCUCCCACCUCCAAGUGCUAAUGAUGUGAUCAGUGUAGCCAAUGCACUUAACACACUCAAAGAUCAAAAAUUCUGGUUUGAAGCACGUGAGAGCUGCCAAAAGGCUAUUAAUGUUGAUGUGGGAUGGGUUAUAAGAUACCCAUCUUGCAAAGAAGAGAGCAAAGUUGUAGCAAGGACCGGAACUGGAAUUGCUGUGGAUGAUGGUACAAGCUCCAUAAACACUAUUAUCUUUGGGUUUGAUACUGAGAAACUUAUACCAUUUAUAGCUUUUCGAUUUUGGGAAGCUCAUAAUGAGGAUGAUAGUGCUAGAGUGGAGGAGGAAGAAUUCGACAAGUGA